UUUAUAGAACCUAAACGGUUGAUGUGACAAAUUCGCCUAUAAGUAAACGUACGAAUGCCAAAUUGUCAUAUUUUGUAACCGGUUAAUUCAACGAAAUGAGAGUUUUUUUCAGGCUAUCAACCAUCAUCAAAGCAAGACAAGAGAACCAGAGUACAUCCGCUAAAUCAUGAACUCACUCGUUAAAAUCGUUUUCUUGGCAUUACUUGCCAAGGCCAUGGGCCUUGUUAGUGUUGAUAUCGAAGGUAGCACUUACGAAUCGUUUGGUUUGGUAGGCUUUGGUAGAAUUCCAUCUAAUGCUGUUGACAAGUACCAGGAGACAAUUGCACCAGGUUCUUCUGUUCAGAUUGAACGUUCAUCACUUAAAGUUGAUUCUAAAGGUGUCUACCACUUCACAGCAUGGGGGUUGCCAGACAGAGGUAUGAAUGUUGAUGGUACUGUCAACACUUUCUCAAGAAUUCAUAAGUUCAAUGUCGAUUUCACUCCAAAGAACUCCUCUUCAUCCGACAACAUAGUUUGGACAUAUGAGGACACGAUCUUGUUGACCGAUUUUAACGGCCAGUAUCUUUCUGGUCUUGACUCAAACACCACUGUGACUUUCAAUGGUAACCAAGUUCCUGCAGUUACCUAUCACGGUGAUGGUUGGGGAAGUUACAUGAACUCAUCUACCACUACAACCCGUCUUUCUCUUGAUUCUGAAUCGCUCACUUUCAUUGAUGGUAAUAUUGAGAAUGGGUUUUGGAUUGGUGACGAAUACGGUCCUUCUCUUAUCAAGUUUGAUUCUACAGGGAAAAUGAUCGAUUACAUUGAGGCACCAGAAGCUCUUCUUCCACACGUGAACGGGAAACUAUUCUUUUCCUCGGAUGAUACAUUAUGGACCGACCCAUAUUACAGUGUCACUCCUAACGAUGAUGGUAGAACUGGUAAUCAUGGUUAUGAAGGUAUGGACAUUACUCCUGAUGGUAAGUACCUAUUUACGUUGCUUCAAUCUGCUACCGUUCAGGAUGGUGGUGAUAAGUCCAAAUCAAGAAUGAACGAUAGAUUGCUCAAGUAUGAUAUAAGCAGCUCACCCGCUACCCUCGUUGGUGAAUAUGUUGUUGUCUUACCAACAUAUGAAGAAAAUGGCAAAACUAAGACUGCUUCUCAAUCUGAGAUGCGUAUAGUGAAUGAGAACUUGAUCAUGGCCUUGCCAAGAGACUCUGAUUUGGGACGUGGAGGUGAAGAUGGUACAAAGGCUAUUUUCAAGCAUGUGGACUUCUGGUCAUUGACGGACGCUGAGAACAUUGUUGGUAAGUACGAUGACGCCGGAGCACAAAUUGCCACGGGCAAGGGGGUUUUGAACUCUGACAUCACCCCAGCCACGCACUAUUCUUUUAUCGACUUGCUGGAUGAUACCGAACUGGCCAAGUUCAAUGUUCACAAUGGUGGAGCUGAUGACGACCAUUUGAUCAAUGAGAAGUGGGAGGGAAUGACCCUAAUUCCAGUGCAAUGCACCACCGACGAGUACUUCUUGUUGCUCAUCAGUGAUAACGAUUACAAGACCACCGACGGUUUCUUGAACUACGGUAAAAUUACAUUCGAUUCAGGUAUUGACGUGGACACUCAGACUUUGAUGUUCCACAUUAAGCUCCCAACGCUCCCACAUGAUCAAAGCUGUUCUUCUGCUUCUUCCUCCUCUUCCCCAUCAUCGUCUCGUUUGAUUUCGAGCUCUGCUCCUGUUUCCUCCUCCGAAUCGACCAAGUCUUCUGUGUCCUCAUCGGCCAAGACCGAGUCAUCGGGAAGCUCUGUUCCUGCAGGAUCAUCAUCCUCCUCAUCCUCCUCAUCAUCCCCAGUAUUAUCAUCAACCCCAGCAUCCUCAUCAUCCUCAUCAUCCUCGCCAUCAGCCUCACCAUCAUCAUCAUCAUCAUCAUCAUCAUCAUCGUCAUUGACCACUGCAACUCCAUCUUCCGCUGCGUCAUCUGCACCAUCCUCUUCGUCCUCUUCCUCUUCAACCUUGACCUCGUCGACCUCGUCUUCCGCUGCUUCUUCUGUCCUACCAUCUUCAAUCUCCUCCUCUUCUUCGGCACAGGGGCCAGAAUCGACCACUAUCUCUGACUCUUCCUCUGUCUCCAACACCAUCCACACCACCGUGGUGGACGGUGUCACCACCACCGUCACCGAGCCAUGUGAAAGAUGCACCAAGACCAGCACCGGCUCUACUGCGUUGACCACCUACACCACCGUUUCAAACGGCGCCACUAUCACGGUCACUGCGCCAUGUCCGGAGAGCUCCACUUCCGCAAAAGGCUCUUACACCACCUACACCACCGUUUCAGCCGGCACCACCAUCACGGUCACUGCACCUUGUUCAGUGACCACUGCUGCUUCCGGCAGCAGCUCCACCAGCUCCAGCUCCACUGCUUCGAAACCAACACCUCCAACCAGUGCUGCUCCUAGCUCUAGCAUCAAGACCGUGGAAACCUCUGCAACCUCUGCAAGCUCUGCCAGAUCCGCCAGCUCUGUCACCUCUGCUAGCUCUGCCAGGUCCGCCACUUCCGGUUCCUCUGUUUCCAUCAGCACUGCCUCUACCUUCCACAACGCUGCCCCAUCGCUUGGUGCUGACAGCGCUGCUCUAAUUCUCCCUGCCGUUGCUGCUUUUGCCGCAGCCAUGGUCUGAGACCCUCUGUCGACCCUCUUUCAAUCUCUAUUUAUCUAUGUACACUGUGUAACACUACAAUACCAACUACCCAAUGCGGAAACUCCC